AUAUUUUUUUUCUUUAUUAAGGAGUCGCAUUUUGUGAAAAAGUCACAAAGAAGAACUUUCUUCAAGGAUCCUAUCUAAGUGCACUUUUUAUUGAUACGUCAUUUCUAAUCUUAUAGAAAAUUUCAGCGGUAGCCCUGGAACUAGAAGCUGCAGUAACAGAAGCCGUGUAUGAUGCAUUAGGGUAUUGAAGAAAAAUAAUUUUUGAAUUAAAUAUUUGGAAUAGAAGGGAGGAAAGGUGACCGAAAAUGGGGCGGAAGAAAAUACAAAUCACACGCAUAAUGGAUGAAAGGAACCGACAGGUCACCUUUACGAAGAGGAAGUUCGGGCUGAUGAAGAAGGCCUAUGAGCUCAGCGUGCUGUGUGACUGUGAGAUCGCGCUCAUCAUCUUCAACAGCUCCAACAAGCUGUUCCAGUACGCCAGCACCGACAUGGACAAGGUGCUGCUCAAGUACACCGAGUACAACGAGCCGCACGAGAGCAGGACCAACUCGGACAUUGUCGAGGCUCUGAACAAGAAGGAGCACCGAGGGUGCGACAGCCCAGACCCCGAUACUCCCUAUGUGCUAACGCCACACACAGAAGAGAAGUAUAAAAAAAUUAAUGAGGAAUUUGAUAAUAUGAUGCGGAAUCAUAAAAUCGCACCGGGGUUGCCGCCUCAGAACUUCUCCAUGUCCGUCACGGUCCCCGUGAGCAGCCCGAACGCGCUGUCCUACACCAGCCCCGGGAGGCCCCUGUCCCCCGGCGCCCCGCCGCGGCCGCCCAGCACCGGCAGUGCGGGUGGGAUGCUGAGCUCGUCGGACCUCACGGUGCCCAAUGGAGCCGGGAGCAGCCCUGUCGGGAAUGGCUUUGUAAACUCAAGAGCUUCUCCAAAUUUAAUUGGAACUACGGGUGCGAAUAGCUUAGGCAGAGUUAUGCCUACAAAGUCUCCCCCCCCUCCAGGUGGCGGCAGUCUUGGUAUGAACAGUCGGAAACCAGACCUUCGCGUCGUCAUCCCUCCGUCCAGCAAGGGCAUGAUGCCUCCCCUGUCGGAGGAAGAGGAGUUGGAGCUGAGCGCCCAGCGGAUCAGCAGCUCUCAGGCCUCGCAGCCCCUCGCCACCCCCGUGGUGUCCGUGACGACGCCCAGCCUGCCCCCGCAGGGGCUCGUGUACUCGGCCAUGCCCACCGCCUACAACACGGAUUACUCGCUGACCAGCGCGGACCUGUCGGCGCUGCAGGGCUUCAACUCGCCGGGCAUGCUGUCGCUGGGCCCGGUGUCCGCCUGGCAGCAGCACCACCUGGGCCAGGCCGCCCUCAGCUCCCUGGUGUGAGGCGGGCAGCU